UUCAACGUCUUUUCAAACACAUCGAGGGAUUCACAUCAAUCGGAUGAGUGAGCUUCGUAUACCGGAACGAUUCACAUCAAUCGGAUGAGUGAGCUUCGUAUACCGGAAAAUUAAACCUGAAAAAGAUUAAUUCUUGUCAAUCACAAAGCAGUAAUUGUAUUCUUUUCUUGCUCACACGGUAUUUGUUACCGAUAUUAGGCCCAAUUAGUUUGAAUUACGGGACAAGCCCAAUUAGUUUGAAUUACGGGAUAAAUUGACAAAGACAGUAAUUGUAUUCUUUUCUUGCUCACACGGUAUUUGUUACUGAUAUUAGGCCAAUUAGUUUGAAUUACGGGACAAAUUAAAUCAUGAGAUCUCUGGUAUAGAAUGAAAGACUCAAAUCCAACACCAUUGAUUAAGAAUUAAACUGAAAGACUCAAAUCCAACACCAUUGAUUAAGAAUUAAACGAUAGUUAUAACUAUAUUUGUUACAAAGUCCCAAUAGGGAAUUUGUUUGUACGCAAUGUGUUCUAGUUAAGAUUUUCAAGAAUGUCCGUCUCAGAUCAUGUCAAAAGCAACAAAAUAUGUAAUAUUCUUAUGAGCAGUUGCAUUUUAUUGUUUUUUGACUAAUUUCAAAAUGAACCGAAGAAAAUUGUCUUCUCAAAUCUGGCGUAAAAAUGAAAGUAACUCUUGUAAGAAAAAAUUAUAAAACUAAAACACAUUGUGAACAACAUAAAAAAAAAAAAAACAAUCUUUUGUUUCUUUUUUUUUUUUUGGAUGCAAUGUUCUUUCACUUGUGGAGGAAUUAUUUCUAAAUAUUUUUUCGGCCAUAAAAACAGGUAUCGGGCCAUCACAGGUGCUUAUUAUAGAAGAGCUGUUGGUGCCUUGCUUGUUUACGAUAUUACUCGCCACGUAACGUUUGAGAACAUCGCGAGAUGGCUCAACGAGCUCAGAGAUCAUACAGACCAGAACAUUGUCGUCAUGCUAGUAGGGAACAAGGCAGAUCUCCGCCACCUGCGUGCUGUUCCCACUGACGAAUCAAAGGGCUUUGCAGAAAGAGAGUACCUGUUCAUGGAAACUUCUGCUCUUGAGGCACUGAAGGUUGACAAAGCUUUCACAGAAGUGUUGACACAGAUUUACCCGGUGGUUAGCAAGAAGGCUCUUGAUGCAGGAGAAAAUUCAGUGUCUUUACCUGCGGAACAAACGAUCAACCUUGGAAACGAUGCAUCUGCUGUUAAGAAGGGUGGUUGUUGUUCCGAUUGA